CAGUUACAGGCUUGUAUAUGGACAGAGAACACCUUUUUAUGCCAUACAACUAAAAUGAAAUAUUUUUUAAUCUUACUUGGAUUAACGCUGACAGUUUAUGUGAAAGCUCAAGACAUUAAAAUUACUGAUAAUGAAGAUGAUGAUGGAGGAACAGAUAAUUCCGGAAGUUGCCAGGGUGAAGGACAAUCAACAUGUGAAACUGGACAAUUUUGCAGGAAAAACAAAUGUGUUGAAGUUAGUCUAUUGCCUCCUGGUUGCCAGAAGGAUUCACAUUGCCAGACCGGGUUCACAUGUAAUGUUCUUCAUGGUGUUUGUAUCAAUUACAUAACAGAAGAGCAGAGACAGAAAUGGAAUGAUGCGGAGAAGAAAGCCCAUGAUCGAUUAAUCAGUUCCCAAGGAUCAGGGAACAAGAAAGAAAGAGGAAAUGACAAUUGAAGAAAAAA